GCGGUCGGUGCGCAGACGCAUCAGGUGCGCACCAGGAGAGAGGGAGUCCAAGACGCACAGCGGAAUGACUGGUGAAUGCUGCACAGAGAAGUAGAUAGCUUUGGGAAAUUUGUUUACUCGUAUUACUGGUGUGAGGUGUGAGAAUAAAGGAGGAGGAUUUGCCGAAACCUUGAGCAAAAACAGUGUGUACAAGUAGCGCUAAUGGAGGCGCACCAGACCAUAUACCCCUGCUCUGAAAACUCCGAGUCAUGAGGCAGCAGUGGCACACAGACCUCCCUUAAGUCAGUGUGGCAGCGUUUCAAGUUAAUUUAAAAGGGGGAAAAAAGAAAUCAUGAACUUAUCAGAGUCUGUUUGGCUCUUGGAGGAGCCGUGGAACCUCAGCAGAGCGGAGGACCAGAAACUUUUAUUCGGGAUCGGCACGGAUAAUUUCAUCACGCUGCUGGUUUUCGGGCUCAUCUUUACGCUCGGUGUGCUGGGCAACUCCAUGGUGAUCACCGUGCUGGCCCGGAGCAAACCUGGGAAACCGCGGAGCACCACCAACAUAUUCAUCCUCAACCUGAGCAUAGCAGACCUCUCCUACCUGCUCUUCUGCAUCCCCUUUCAGUCCACCAUCUACAUGAUGCCGACGUGGGUCCUGGGCGCGUUCAUCUGCAAAUUCAUCCACUAUUUCUUCACCGUGUCCAUGCUGGUGAGCAUCUUCACCCUGUCUGCCAUGUCCGUGGACCGAUACAUUGCCAUCGUGCACUCCAGAAAGUCCUCCUCUAUCCGGGUGGCGAAGCACGCUCUGAUCGGAGUGGUGGUGAUUUGGAUACUCUCCCUGGCCAUGGCAGCGCCCAUCAUGUAUUACCAGAACAUUUUUCACGGAGGGGAGAAUCACACCUUUUGCUGGGAAGUGUGGCCAGAUCAAAACCAGAAGAAAGUCUAUGUCGUUUGCACGUUUGUGUUUGGUUAUGUGUUGCCUCUGCUGCUGAUUUCCUUCUGUUACGCAAAGGUUUUAAAUCACUUGCACAAAAAACUAAGAAAUAUGUCCAAAAAGUCAGAGGCAUCAAAGAAGAAGACGGCUCAGACGGUGCUGGUUGUGGUGGUUGUGUUUUGCCUCUCUUGGCUCCCUCAUCACGUCGUUCACCUCUGGGUGGAAUUUGGGACCUUCCCGCUGAACCAGGCCUCCUUUGUGUUACGGGUGGCUGCUCACUGCCUGGCGUACAGCAACUCAUCUGUCAACCCGGUCAUCUACGCCUUCCUGUCGGAGAACUUUAGGAAGGCUUACAAGCAGGUUUUCAAAUGCCAAAUCGGGACCAGUGACUCCCCGCUCAACGACAUUAAAGAGAUCCGCAGCAAAGCAGACACGCCCCCCUCCACUAACUGCACCAACGUUUGACUGACAGGGUGUGGAUAGUGAUGUGAAAAUGAAUUAAGGCAACUGUCACACUGAAAGUCAGAAUAUCAUCAUAGAGACAGAUCCAGCAGACAUAAGUGGGUGUUUUUUUUUUUUUUUUUUUUUUUUUUUAUGUAGGUGAGUCUAGUUGCUUGGAUAUUGCGACAGCUGUACUGUUCCACAUAAACGCUGUUCAUUAUACCUGAACUAGAGAUAAAGCCACUGUGGCUGCAGGACAUGAUUACUUGCUCUUUGAUCAGUCUCUGUUUCCUGCAUCUCUUCAUUUCAUAAAAACCCGUGGAGUCUGAAACUCAGGAAAAUGAUCCCCCUCUGAAGUGAAACUCAUUCUGCUUGCAGACAAUAGUUACAUGUCACUUCAUGGUAUAUCUAUAAGCCAAUAUAUUAAAAAAUAUUAGGCAUCCUCAGACUUAAAAAUCUCUCUUUUUUUCAGAAAGUAAGAAUUGCAUUGCUGAGACAAAACAUAAUCAUCUGCUGCAGUAAAACUCCUGUAUGACUGUGUCUUUUCUGUCUGAACAGUGUUGGGUAUUACUUAGUAACAUUUUACAGACCUAUGAUCACUUUUCAGGAGCCGGCAAGGUAUUGCAGUUUCAAAUCUAGUAAUUACAUUAUACAUAUUCAUUCCAGUAAUGCCCUGUUGGCUGAUUUGCUGUCUUACCAGGAGUUGUGGUUCAUUUCUCUCUGUACAUUCAGUAGAGAAACAUUAGGUUGUUUAGUUUAACUAGCUUGACGCAUGGUUAGCGUUAAUGUUCUCUACUGAAAGAGAAGAAUUGUCCUUCCCAGUAACUCCAAAACUAUGUAUAUGUCAUAAAUUAGAAAAGGCAAAGUCUAAUGUACAUGUUUUAACUUACACUUAAUCUUAUUGUGCUGGGUUAACUUGGAUGUAGUAUGGCAUACUUUUCAGGUUUAAAAUGAGUUACUCUUUUUUUGUAACACUGCCUACCCUCCACCAGAAUGACUUGACACUACAGAUAAUAUAUGUGUAAAACUGUCUCUUGUAGCACAGCAUACAGUCAUUGGGGCUAAGCGAGCUGCUUAUGUUCUUCAGUCCUCCAAUCUGUAGGCUGGCACCUUGUUACAUUAUAACAUUUUGUGUUCUGUUUCUUAAUGUGAAAUACAGAGGAUGCAUUGUUUCUAAAAGAGGUUUUGCUCCGUAAUAAAAAUCUAUGUAACAUAACAAGUGAUUGAUUACAUUCUACGCAAUCUAGCAAACUGCUCAACACUGCUAAAAAAUGCUCACCACUGUAGAUAAAACAAAACAAAACAAAGACAAGAGAAAAAAUAUGCCAUUGCCAUUGCACUCAGUAUGAUUAAAGCCUGUAUUUUAAACAGAUUUGUAAAUAUUGUGAACACUGAAGCUGAUAUUCACAUCUGCCUGUGAAAGCCUCACUCUAUAUUUGGCUGUUUUUGGAUUGUUUUCUGCUGUAUGACUGAGCCAGGCUGUUGGACAUAUAAAGCUCAAUGUUUGUUUUUUGCACCCUUUCUGGUAGCCAUCUUUCUAACCACAAAAACAAUCUAACAGGAUAUCCUGUAAGAAAUGAAGAAUUCUGAUGUUGUAUGCCAUAUAUAUGUGAUGUGCCAAGCCUCCACACAGCAGCUUUACCUCACUAUAUUCAAACAAAAUCAUUAAAACAAAACCUUAUGAGACCUUUAACUCGGACAGGUGUCGAACAGUAUUGUACGUACAUCUUUGUUGUGGACUUGAAGGAAUGUGUUGCAUCCAUUACUCACUUUUUGUUUUUACCAGAAAAGGAACGCAAACAAACUUCAGCAUGGAUUUUCAGGCUGAGGUUACGCAACCAUGUGCCAUGGAAAAGAAAUGAGUCUGCUGCGGGUCUUUGCAGCAGCAGCUGAUUUGACUGAUGAACACCAACCUCAUCCAGAGAGGAGGAACUAAUCAGUGUAAUCAGCAGACUCUCAUCCUCACUGUCAGUGAGGAUCUCAGAUGAGUCAAGGAUUAUUCCCACAGGGCAGAGGAGGUGCAGUUGAUGACUUUCUAUACUCACUAUAGUGCUGACUGUACAGAUGGUAACACUUCUUCAUGCCCACACAGGACUGGGGGAUUUUUUUUUUUUUUUAACGGGACAUGUGAGUGGAAACCUAAUCUGAAGGACAUGGCUAUUUGUUGGUGAGAUUAAUUCAUAGAAUUUCUUGGGCAAAUGAUGCAUUCAUGGAACACAUUGGAGUGGUGUUUCCUUCAAAAAAAACAAUAUAAAGAGCACAGGAACAAAAGGAUAAAUGCAUUGUUUUUGAAGAACUUUAGAUUACAGCCCACAAAUUAUAGUGUAAUUAUUAUAAAUAUUAGUAUGUAUGUGAUAUCAAUAAAAUACUUGACACAUGUCUAAACUGAGACAAAUAUUUGAGGGCUGGAGAGGAAGACAAGUGGUUAGAGUUCAUAAAAAUGUCUUUGUGACAGGGAUUUAAAAAUAAAUUACAAAUAAAAUCAGAAUGAGCCAUUUGUCAGUCAUCCAGUGUGUCCUCUAAUUGUAUGGGCCAUGUAAUUAUAAGAGUACUAAUGGUAUAAUUUAUUUAUGUCACCUCCUUAAUGCUUAUUUCUUACCCUUUUAUUCCCUUUUACUUUUUGUGUUGUACAAACCAGGAUUUAGAUACAUAUUAAGUAAAUAUUUACACUCUAAUUUGCAGGCUGUAUUCUAAAGAUUUCAUUUUGCUAAGACACAUUUUUUUUUUAAAUGUUUUCAGUUUUUAAUGCUAAAACAGCCAGAAUAUUUCUCUUUUAGAGACAUUUAAAAGAAUGUGCACUGCACAUACUGUUGAGUGAGGGCAUGCAAUAAAGGUGCUGUUUCUUAGUGUAGGUAUUUUGAUGGAUUCACUUUUUUCAGUUUUUAUUUAUUCAUUCACGUAGAUGAUACUGGUUGUACAGCUUUUCAGUGCUUUGUGUGUUUUACUGAGGUUGUCUUGGUGUGUCUUCUCAACCUUGUUUCCUGUAAUUCAGCAGUAAAAUCAAAUAAUCUACCAGAAUAGGAAAAAAAAGAUUAUUUUCUUGUCUGUUUAAUCUUUCUGUGCUUGAAAUGCAACAUGUGAGAAACAGUUAAGGCUCUCCGAAGUGCUCAAUAUCUGGAUGGUAUCUUGAAAUAUAUCCAGGCUUUUGAUUGUGUCUUUAUGCAGUGCUACUUAUAUUAUAUAAUUAUAUUAAACUCUGUGAAAUCUUUUCAUUCUA